AUGGGCACCGCUGUCCUCAGCCGACGGUGGAAGGAUCUCUGGACUAGGGUUUCCAGUCUCGAUCUCGACCUUAGCAGCGAGGUUCCCCGAUCGAAGGCAUUUGACUUCUGCGGCUUCGUCGGGAGGGUUCUGAAGAAGCACAGGAAUCUCAAUGCUCUCAGGCGUUUCCGCUUACAUUUUCUGCAAAGGCACCUUGACUCGACUGUGUGGCCGAAUUUCUGGUUGAAGAUGGAAUUGGGGCCCGGCUCUCCGCUUGAGGUAAUCGACGUUAAAUUUGAGCCGAAUGUUGCAAUGGUAACUCACUGUGCAAUGCGAUGGCUUCCUGAGAGUUUCUACACUUUGAAGCAUCUUCAAGUUUUGAAGGUUGAGCACGUUGUACUAGGGACUGCUGCACAAGGGUCUGUUCUCCUUCCUAGUUUGAAGGUCUUGCAGCUUUUGGGAGUAGUGGUUUUGGGAAGUGACUCGUUAAGCAGGCUCAUUUCUGGAUGCCCUGUUCUGGAGACUGCUCAUCUGGAAAAUAUCAACAGUGGGGAAGAUAUGGUCACUGCUUCUUUGAUAUGCUUGAAGAAGCUAACGAUUAUCUCUUGUACGAAGUUUCCCAUUGUUGUUGAAGCACAGAGUCUUGAGCAUCUCCAUCUCCAAUAUUUUUGUGGGGAGUUGCAAUUUCUUGGCUGUAGUAAAUUUCCGUGCCUUGAUUCAGCAAGUGUUGAUAUGGUUGGGAGCGGCAUUUCUGAUCAUGCUCUGAUUGAGUUCCUGACCCAAAUCUCCAAUGCAAAGGAAAUGAGCUUAUCUUGGCACUCUAUAGUAAGAAAGUUUUUACAUUUUCCUUUUCUCGCUCAUUUACCAAUCUUUUCUUUCAUCGUUGAUUUUCUUACUGACGAUAGUUGUUGUGUUUCAGAUGCCUCUGUCAAUUCUCAAUGA